AUGGCCUCGGACUCAGCUGAUAGCACCUUCAGGGACUUGGACUGGCUUGCGGAUCUCCACAAAUCCCAAUGCUUUACGACGAGUGAAGUGUCGUGUCCGGCAAAGUCGAGCGAUUUUGGAGCUGAUGGCUAUACGGCAUCAUUGACAGACUGGCACGAGCUCUUACAAUUGACAGCUCCAGAUGAGACAUGCGGUCUCGUGUUCCUGAGGGGCCAGUUCCCUAACACCGCUGAUGCGAUUUUGGCUAGGGCUCAAAGACGAGACGACAGUGGAAGUAAAGGGACUCUCGGAACGAGACUUCAGCCCGCAGAAUUGAAUACUGACCUGGAGCUGGGAGAACGACGGGUUCAAGGCUGGAUUAACCUGAAGUGGCCUUAUUCGCAGUACGAACUCAAAAAGAAGACCGACAUCUGGGAUGGGAGCGGCGGAACUUUGGAACAGAUCUCAUUCAUCCGUUCUGGAACGAUUUUUCAAAUUCUGCGUCUUCAGUGGGGCCAUGGAACCUCACUCAGUGACUACGACUCAGCUGAUGCUCAAAAGCACACGAUUACGUUGAGAGCUGGAGGAAUUGUUCAAUUCGGAUGCCCAUGCUCCAAUGGUGGGCCUCCAAAUAGAGAUACUUUCACGUCAACCUCAGACCACCAUGGUGACCACAAGCUCAGCUGUCUCAGCGGUCGAUAUCAGAAACGUUUGGAAAUGCGCCUCUUCAUCAAUGGCGUUUCUCAAAAUCUAGCACCUUCAGCGACUCAUUUGGAUGUGGAAGAAGUCGAUGGGCACGAGAUUGAUCUGACUUCACACCAUAAAAUCGAACUUUUAGACAAUGAACCAGUCUUUAUUGUUUCGACGUAUGCUUUAAAGCAUGUUGAUGAUGAAGAAGAGUCAUGUAUUUCAGGAUAUUUUUCCGAGAUCGAGGAUCAUCUAGGAAUCUCGAACACCUCCGUUAACAUGACGGAUCGCCUUUGGACUGCGUGUUGCUCAACAAAUUACGAAGCGUAUGAAGCUGUAGAAAUAUGUGUUAUCGGACGUACAAUCGAGCAGAUAAUCUCUGUUGCUGCUAUUCCAUUUUCUGACAAGUCUUCCCAACAUCGCGAAACUCAGAGCCGGCAGGUUCUGGAAAUAGCUCUCGUUGACAACGUCAUAAGUUCCCAGCAUGUUGACGUGCAGAGUGCUUUUUUCCAGAUCAGAGUGCUCGUCAAGGUGUAUAAUCAUAUUGCAACACGUCAUUUUGAGCCAGAUCUUUUGGAAAGAUUCCAAACACUAGACGCAAUACGAACAGCUUAUUUGGGAAAGCUACGCAAUUUCACCCGCGCCAGUCUGGCUUGGUUGAUUAACACGGAAAUAAAGCCAAGCAAGUUGCUUCUAGCUCUUGGAAGCCAGGAACCUCCUAAGGACACGGAGACUCAUCCAUCUGAGCGACUCGCACAGUGUGAGAGAGACAGAGUCUCGGUGACCCACGACCAAUCGUACAACCAAGCAUGCUACGCCACCCUUGCUGUCUGGUAUGUCAUCAAACACUGCCCACAAGCUAUCGAUGAUGAUUUCAAGUCGACGGUACUCCUUCCCAAAUUGCUCCGAGCUUUUGAUGUCGUUCAGAAACGCGCUUCGCGUGACAAGGAACCGACGCCUAAGAACGAUGUUCUGCAAUGGUUUCAUCUCAGCUGCUUCUAUCUCAUAUGCAGCGAAAAUUUUCAAGCAAACUCCGAGGGAGAAGUAGCAGACGGUUUCAAUGCUUCUGGACUUGACUCUCAUGAAGUUCUCAAGACGCAGCAAAAGUUUGAGAAAUACGUCUCUCGUUUGAAGACAAGUCAAAUCGAGGCAUACUCUAUCGAGCACGAGGAGCUUCAUCGAGUCAUCUUGCUUGGAGAGGAGCUGGGCUUGGAUGCCAUACCGACGCAGUUUACAUCGAGUCUUGCUGCAUCAAGGGCACUUCAAACCAGGAGAUGGUUGGCGGAAAGGAAACGUACUACGAAAUUCAACCCUGGACCGGCAUCGUGGAAGACUUCCAGAAUCACCUCUAACGGUCCUUGGGAACUACUUUCAACUAAUCAUCAAAGCUUUCUCAGAAUCACGGAUGAUGCCAACAUCAUAGCUGCCAGGAACAGAUUGUUUGAGUUCAUGAUGUCUGACUUCACGUUCAUGGCCUCUUGGGAUUAUGCUGAUAGCAACAUGGUUGGAUCAUGGUGGAAUCAGGAGCCUGGGAGCGUCAUUACUGCAACUUUGAUUGACUUAAGAAUGGAAGGUAAGUCCUGCUCUUUAUUUGAAAUGUGGAGAAGAGGAUGUCCUUUUUCUUGCAUCUAA